AUGCAGGUGUCGGUGCCGCUCAUCCCUCGAUCCAAGUGCGUCAAACUGCCGAAGCCCUACAAUCUCGUCUCUCCAUAUGCAAUCUGCGCUGGAUUCGAUGAGGGCGGACAAGAUGCUUGCACUGGCGACUCAGGUGGACCCCUUCUCUGUCAAACUGGCGAAGAAUCGCCCUGGAUUGUUUAUGGCGUCACCUCCUGGGGAUACGGCUGUGGCCGCGCUGGCAAGCCCGGAGUCUACACCCGAGUCAAUUUGUACAACAAAUGGAUCACCAGCGUCACCGGCAUCACUCCAUCCAUCAACGACGAUGAUUACCCAAAAGUCUCUUGCGACGAUGAAAACGAGAGCGAGCGUUUUUGGCGACAACCACAACCACGACCACCAGCACAACGACAACGACGACUACAAUGA